GAACCCUCUGCGCAGGCGCAUUGCUUUCCCCACCUGAAGAGGCGCCGUCUUCCUGGGUCCCGAGCACUCUGUGCCGGAGGGUGUCGAGAAUGAGAGUGAGUACAUAACUGUAUGGUAUACAGAAAUUUCUUGCUUCCUGGGUCAGAAAAGUAUAACACAAGACUGGUCUUUCUCAUCGCACACCUCUGCCUCAUCAGGACUCUGCCCUUUUCUACACGGAGAGCCGCAGGAGGGAAUGGCUGCUGUGUCUCCACCUGCCAGAUGCCAGGAAUCAGUGACAUUUGAGGAUGUGGCUGUGAUUUUCACAGAUGAAGAGUGGAGACAUCUGGUCCCUAUUCAGAGGGACCUCUACAAGGAGGUGAUGCUGGAGAACUAUAAGAGCAUUGUCUCAUUGGGACUUCCAGUUCCUCGGCCUGAUGUGAUUUUUCAGUUGAAGACAGGGGAUGAGCCUUGGAGAGUUGAUUGCCAUGGAGCUGAGGAGAGGGAAUGUUCAGAGACCGUCCCUCUAGACUGGGGGACUAAACCUGAGAUUCAAGGUGCUUCAGAAGAAGAAAAAUCAGAAGGAAGAUUGAGGGAAAAGCUUGGAAGAAAAAAUCCUCUGUGUCCUAAAUUUGAAGUUCAUGCACUGGAGGCGGGGUUGGAAACAGAGAAGGAAAGCCUUGCAGUGGAGACCUACAAGAAGUCCCUCUCCCAGAAGGAGAGCUUGCAUCAAGGGUCAACCCCUCCCAAGAAAAUUCUCACUAGAGAGAGAGACCAGGAAUGCAGUGACUGCGGCAAGACCUUUUUUGAUCACUCAUCCCUCAUCCGCCAUCAGAGGACUCACACUGGAGAGAAGCCCUAUGACUGUCAUGAGUGCGGGAAAGCCUUCAGUCACAGGAGCAGUCUCAGUAGACAUCUGAUGUCUCACACUGGGGAGAGCCCCUACGAAUGCAACGCGUGUGGGAAAGCCUUUUUUGACCGUUCGUCCCUAACUGUACAUCAGCGAAUUCAUACUGGAGAGAAGCCCUUUAAAUGCAACGAGUGUGGGAAAGCCUUCUUUGACCGUUCGUCCCUUACUCGACACCAGAGAAUUCAUACUGGAGAAAGUCCUUAUGAAUGUAACCAAUGUGGGAAAGCCUUUAGCCAGAAAAGUAUUCUUACUAGACAUCAGCUAAUCCACACUGGCAGGAAGCCUUAUGAAUGUAACGAGUGUGGGAAAGCCUUCUAUGGGGUCUCAUCACUGAACAGACAUCAGAAAGCUCACGCUGGAGAGCCUCGCUAUCAAUGCACUGAGUGUGGGAAAGCUUUCUUUGACCGCUCAUCCCUUACACAACAUCAGAAGAUUCACACUGGAGACAAGCCAUAUGAAUGCAGUGAAUGUGGGAAAGCCUUCAGCCAAAGAUGCCGGCUCACCCGACAUCAGAGAGUUCAUACAGGAGAGAAACCCUUUGAAUGCAGCGUGUGUGGAAAAGUUUUCAGUUCUAAAUCAUCAGUUAUUCAACAUCAGCGGCGUUAUGCCAAACAGGGAAUAGACUGAGUUGGGUGAAAGCUUUAGUCAAGGAGCCUCCAUUAAAACUCAAGAUAGAUCUUCCCCAUCUUAAACAAAUCCAUCAUUUGAUCAUUCUACCUAUUCUGGCUACUACUCUUCUUUCCUGCCUCUGCUACCACACUGUUUGAAUAAACACUCUACCUACUGUGUUAUAGAAGCAAUGUGGGGUGCUGGCAAUUAGGAUGUGACUGAAGAGUCAACAUUUUGCAGAAGUUCAUCAGACAAUAGGAUAAAUGUUAGGAGGCAAUCCUCAGACACACCUCUUGUCUGAGGCCCAGGUAUCACUGCACUUUAAAUAACCAGAGGCUACAACAGGAGGGGAAAGGCCAAAUUAUAUCAGAGCAGCACUGUUGCUUCCAGAGCAGUUCUCUUUAUAGCUGUUAGACCCUCUCUCUUGGAGCUCUUCUGGGCACUGACCUUGUUCUUUUGUGUCCCACCUGUUAGGUCUCUUAAUACUACCACUACUACUAGGAGGUAGCACUUAUUGAGGCUUGUUAUGGGGUAAGCACUCAGCUGAGAGUUUUGCAAGGAGUAGAUUAUUUAGUCCUCUCACCAAUCCCAUGAAGUAGGUACUGUUACUAUCCUCACCUUACAGACGUUCAAACUGAAGUUUAGAGGGGUUAGAUAAUUUUCCCAACGUGACACAGCUAGUAAAAGGUGAAGCCAAGUCUUGAAUACAGGUCUUCAUUCAAAGUCUGUUUUCUUUACCAUUAGGCUAUAGGGUUUGUUUUAUAAUUUAUGCACAUGUAUUAUCUCCUCAGCUAGAUUGUAAGCACUUGGAGGUGUGACUUAUUUGUCUUUGUAUCUCACACAGUGCCUUGCAAAUAAUAGGUGCUCAAUAAAUACUUACCUGAAGUAAUGACUUUUCUACUUAACAAAUUCUAUUUAAAACACCUGUUGGAUUUAUAUCCUUUCUCUGAAUUUUCACAGUUUAGCCUAUUCCUUUAUCACUUCCUGAUGCAGAUUCUUCCCUCUUCUUUGUUGAAGAAGGGUAUGCUAAGCUAGGGUGCCAUGACAACUUAACUCCCAAAUAAUCAAAGACACAUUUCUCACACAAAAUCUGAUGUGAGACAGUCUGUCUUACUCCAUCCUGGUCAUUUAGAACAUGUUGCCUCCAAGAUUGUUAUGGAAGAGAAAGCUGGAGGAUGUUUUGGGAUGUUUUUUAAAGACCAUUACUUCUGUCCACAUCUCAUAAACCAGAACCCAGCACCAAGAGGCUAGGAAAGUAAACAAGUACCUCAAUAUUUGGCUAACAUCAACAGCCUCUGUCACAAGUUCCAUUUUGCUUGUUACUGUUAGUCCAGUCUUUCCAAAUGACCCCUUCCUGCCCAUCAUCGCCUUACUCCAGACCUAAAAUAGCUCCCAGUUUAUUGAAAGCUUCUCUGAAUAUUUAAGAUCUGCCUUGAUGUGAUCCCACAUUGCUGAAUCUUAAGUACUCACUCCCAAAGCUUUUCCCUGGGCCCAGCCCUAUAUUUUUAUUUCAUUAAAGGUCAGGCACUAGGCAACUUUCACUCUGGGCAUCUGUGUUCCCUUUCUAUUUGCUUAAGGUGAAGGCUGGAAGAGGACUUGAUUCUGAAAGGCUGUCUGGAAUUAGCUCACCCUGCAUGAAUCCCAGUGGACCAAGAUGCAUUUCUCCUGGGAGUUAAAGUCCAGUUCAAGAAGUUGGAUUGCCAAACAGACCCCUCCCCAACCUACCAACAAACCUAUUGGUCUACCCUUCUUAGAGCAAGUGAGCAGCAGGGAAGACGUCACGUGUGGACUGGUGAAGCAAGUUGAGGAAAAACACUUUACAGAGUGCGGAAUCUAUCAGAGUGGAAAAUAUCUGGUAUUAUUUAACAAUGUCAAGUAGAAAAUAAAAGAGACUAUUGACAAA